AUGAGCUCCCUCCGCGCGGCGCGGACCCUGCUCGCCCCCCGCUCGUCCCUCCUCUCCUCGCGCGCGCUCCACGCCGCCGCGGCCGCCCCCGCCGCGGCCGGCCGCUGGGGCAACGCGCCGCCGCCGCCGCCUGCGCCGACGCCCUGCCCGGGGCCGUCGUCCCGGGCCGGGAUCGCCGGCGCGGUCUCCUUCUCCCUGACGUUCGCCACGGUGGCGGUGGCCGAGGUGCAGGCCAAGGAGCGGCUGCCCACGGAUCUGCUGCCCCGGAACGUCGUGCUCUACCAGUACCAGGCGUGCCCCUUCUGCAACAAGGUCAGAGCUUUCCUAGACUAUCAUGAUAUACCCUACAAAGUUGUGGAAGUUAAUCCACUGAGCAAAAAGGAAAUCAAGUGGUCUGAGUACAAGAAGGUCCCGAUAUUGACGGUAGAUGGUGAACAUCUGGUUGAUUCUACAGACAUAAUCAAUAUAUUGCAGCACAGGAUCAGCCCUGAUGAUGAAGUUACUAACGAAGAGGAAACAAAAUGGCGCAAGUGGGUUGAUGAGCACCUUGUGCAUGUAUUGUCACCCAAUAUAUACCGGACGACUUCAGAGGCUCUAGAAUCUUUUGACUACAUUGCAAAGCAUGGUAACUUCAGUUUCACCGAGCGGUUUGCUGUGAAGUAUGCUGGUGCUGCAGCAAUGUACUUCGUGGCCAAGAAGCUUAAGAAGAAAUACAACAUUACUGAUGAGCGCGCCUCGUUGUAUGAUGCUGCCAACACAUGGACGGAAGCCCUGAACGGAAGAAAUUUUCUUGGUGGCUCCAAGCCUAACUUGGCAGAUCUUGCAGCGUUUGGUGUCCUGAGACCUAUCAGAUACCUGCAAUCUGGAAAAGACAUGGUUGAGCAUACCCAAAUCGGCGAGUGGUACCAGCGGAUGGAAGAUGCAGUCGGAGAACCAUCGAGAAUCCCAGAGGGCCAGUACCAGGAGUAG